AGAAGUGAUGGAGGGAGAGAGAGGGAGGGGAGGAGAGGGACAGAGUGUAUGUUCAGCUCUCUCCUUCAUUCAUUUUCCUUCAGUCCGUGACUGACGUGACUUGCGUGUGACUGUCAGAAGCCUCACCUCUGCGCAAUCAUGUUUCGGGCCAUCGGUCCCAUUUGUGUUCUUGUCUUUGCACUCCUCUUUGUGUGCAUGGAUGCACGUCCCGAAUCGCCAGGCCGCUCAAGGCGCGCUCCUGCUGCCAAAGUGCGACUGGCAGGUAUCGGCCACAGAGAAAACGAGGGACGAGUUGAAGUCCUGCACAACGGGAAAUGGGGCACCGUAUGUGACGAUGAGGUCGACAUUAAACUCGCUAAUGUGGUUUGUAGGGAACUGGGUUUCCAAAGUGGCAUAACAUGGGCGCACAGUGCCAAAUACGGAGAGGGAGAGGGCCCCAUUUGGAUGGAUAAUGUGAGGUGUGAAGGAAUGGAGAAAACUCUGAAAGACUGCAAGUCGAACGGAUGGGGUGUUCAUGACUGCAAGCACUCCGAGGAUCUCGGGGUGGUCUGCAGUCCAGAGAGAAGGCUGGACCAAGUGCAUCCUGGAGUCACCAGAAGAGGGCACACCAUCUCUCUCAGGCCAAAUGCAGUCACCUCGAACCGUUGGCAGGACAUUUACUCCAGUUCAAGGACACCUGCACAUCUCAGACAAAGCAAUGGGCAUUCCCAGGAUAAUACCAGAACGGAUCAAUUCUCCAGACAGCAGUUUCAUAAUCCGUCUGCCAGUAGGGUGAGGAUUGAGGAAGUCCGCCUCAAGCCGAUCUUGAUGGUUACAAAGAAGCGUGCUCUUGUUACGGAAGGUGUGGUGGAAGUAAAGCAUGCUGGGAGAUGGAGACAGGUGUGUGAUAAAGGCUGGAGUCUGAACAGCAGCAGAGUUGUGUGUGGGAUGCUUGGCUUUCCUGACGCGGAGCAGCCCAACAUGAACACUUACAAAAAAAUAUGGGAUAAGAAAGUCAAGGAUUCAACAACCAGAUUGAGUCAGAUGACCAAGAAGAAGGGAUGCUGGGUUGAGAAAGUACAUUGCCUGGGCACAGAGCCCAGUCUGGUGGAGUGUCAUGCCCAGCUGUCAAUCCCUCGAAGCCCUGGCCCCUGUAAGAAUGGUCGCCAUGCAGUGGCCCGCUGUGUCCCAGGACCACAGUUUGCUCGUAUGUCCUCUGGCCGACCCCAGGCACCUCACCCUUCAGAGCUGCCGGUGCGUCUGAAGGCAGGACCACGUCUGGGAGAAGGAAGAGUCGAGGUUCUCCGUGAGGGAAAGUGGGGAACUGUGGUUGACCACCGGUGGGACCGGAUCUCAGCCAGCGUGGUGUGCAGAGAGCUGGGCUUCGGCACUGCCAAAGAGGCUCUUACCGGAGCAUACAUGGGUCAAGGGACGGGGCCAAUCCACAUGAACUCAGUGCAGUGCACUGGCACAGAGCGCUCCAUUUUGGAUUGUUACUUCCAGGAAGUCCCUCCCUGGACAUUCAAACACAGCCAGGAUGCUUCUGUCAAAUGUUAUGUUCCUAAGACAGGGUUUGAGACCACGGUGCGGUUGGCGGGCGGCAGGGACCCGGCUGAGGGUCGUGUGGAGGUGCUAAUGGAGGUGGGGGGCAGAAAGCGCUGGGGGACGAUUUGCAGUGAGAACUGGGGAAUAAAUGAAGCUAUGGUGGUAUGCAGGCAGCUGGGCUUUGGUUUCGCCGCACGUGCCCAUCAGGAGACAUUUUAUUGGCAAGGAGACCCUGCAGCUGAAGAAGUGCUAUUGAGUGGGUCUCACUGUGUGGGAACAGAAAUGUCCAUCCAGCAGUGCCGUCGUAACAGUUAUGUCCACUGCCCUCGAGGAGGUGGAGCUAAAGCAGCAGGCGUCACCUGUUCCGAAACGGCACCUGACCUGGUUUUGGAUGCGCAGCUCGUGCAGGAGAGCGCUUACCUGGAAGACAGGCCUCUGCACCUGCUCACCUGUGCGCAUGAGGAGAACUGUCUUUCUUCCUCUGCCAACCGUAUGCAGUGGCCGUAUGGGCACCGCCGCCUUCUGCGUUUCUCCUCCCGUAUCAUGAACUUGGGCAGAGCUGACUUUCGUCCACGUGCCUCAAGAGAGUCCUGGACCUGGCACCAGUGCCACAGACAUUAUCACAGCAUUGAAGUGUUCACACAUUAUGACCUCCUCACACUCAACGGAAGCCGAGUGGCAGAAGGACACAAAGCCAGUUUCUGUCUGGAAGACACCUACUGCCCUGAUGGACUUCAAAAGCGCUUUUCAUGUUACAAUUACGGAGAUCAAGGCAUUACAGUGGGUUGCUGGGACACUUACCGCCACGAUAUCGACUGCCAGUGGAUAGACAUCACUGAUAUCAGACCUGGAGACUACAUCAUGCAGGUUGAGGUAAAUCCGUCGCUGGACAUGGCUGAAUCAGACUUUAUGAACAAUGUCAUGCGUUGUCGAUGUAAAUAUGAUGGACACAGAGUGUUUAUGUAUGGCUGUCAUGCAGGCGAUGCCUACAGUGCUGAAACUGAGGAUUUAUUCGAACAUCAGCAUCAGAUCAGCAAUAACUUCAUUUGAGCCUGGUAAAGAGAGGUGAGAGUAGAGGAUGUUCAUUAAAGGCUCCCAGAAAUGCGGCUAAUUGGACAAUAAACUGGGUGAAAGAUGAGGAGAUCUCAGCGGAUCUCAGAACAGUCUACCAUUAGCACUAAUAAGUGGACGCUACAUCCCUAAACAGUUUUCUCUAUGGAACUGAAUUAACUCUUCCUGAUGUUUGGAAAUCAAAUGAAAGGCUUAGUUCACCUAAAAUUAGAUUCUGUCACAGUUUUUCUUAGUAUUUGACUUUUGUUUUUAAGUACAGAAACAUACUGGUUGCCCCUUUCCACCCAUUUGCAAUGAAUAGAGACUGGAGCUUAUUUAAGACAAUUGAUAUCUGUAUUGCUUUCUUGAGAUCUACUACGGAUGUCAACAUUUAUAGUAAAUAAUAGCUUAAUUUUCAGUCAGACUGCCUGGCACACAUGGUUUUGUAUGAGAAGAUUUGGUAUUUACUUUUAUUAUGUAUCUAUAGUGCAUUGUUUGCAAUAUUGGAGUUUGAUAGUUCCAGUCCUUUUUACUUUCAUUUUAUUGAAAAGAGUGGAUAUUAUAUUCCUCAAAAAUUCUCAUUUUGUAUUCCAUCAUAUGAGUCAUAUGAAUCAUAUGAGUGUCUUUUAUGGCCAGUUCACACUGUACCAACAGAUUGCGACAAGUGGUAACAGAUACACUUGUCAGGUUUUGUCUGAUCAGUGUGUCAUCGUGUGCUGGCAUUGGUUGGCGCUUGUUUUCGCCAACUGAAUCUGCAUUUGUUGGCUCUUGGAAUAUCUGAGAAGUGACAUACUGGUCGGCUGUCAUUGAUGGUCUGUGUCUGAUGGUGUGGUGUGAACUGGCCUUUAGUGGUCACUGUUUUCAUAGUAGACUCUUUUAUCGGAUUAAUGCCCAGAGCUUUGGAAUGAGUGGUGUGCUUAGAAAUCCCUUUCAUUUCUUUUCAAACUUUUACUGGCUCGGUUAGUUUGACAUCCAGUGAAACCCUGUGCAGCAGAGGCCCUUGUUCAGAGCCACAGGAGUCAGUAAAUAAAGCCAGGAUCUGUAUUUUUGGGUGAACUGUUCCUUUAAUUAUUUUCCAUUGAAUAACUAGGACAUUGUUUUCAGAAACAAAGUUAGCUGCAGUUGUUGUUGAUCAUCUGGUUAAAAAUAUAACUUGGGACCAUGAGACUAGCAUUAGAAAAUAACGAAUUUUUAAAAUUGUUUUCAUGUACCAAUAUAUUUAUUUCUUGACGUUAUAGAUUAAUUAUAGAAAAAAUGUGUCAUUAUAGAAUAAAUAUAUUUGUACAAUGUUUAUUGUUUUCAUUUUUAACUAAUUUGAACUACAUUUUCAUACCAAAAAAAAAAAAAAAAAAAAAAAAAAGAAAAAAAGAAAAAAGUUUGUUCACCUUUUCUGUUCAUUUAUGAGUUUAAUAUGUAAUUUGAAUUCUUCUGUUUGAGUUAUGCACUUUAUUGAUGGAUGUCAGUAUUCUGGAAGAAAUAGGUCAUUCACUACCAUCUUUCAACACACACUUCUGUUUGUUUGUUUAUUAAUAUGUUAAAGUAUUUAUGCCUUCUUUCCAUUUUUUAAUAGACCUUUUUAAUAAUUUUUCGAUGACUUUCCUGAU